GCCACACUGCCCUGCAAUUGGUAUCAGUUUGAUCGCAGAGCAGCUCUAAUACAAUACUAGAAUUUAACCAUCCCAUCAACGGUGCGAUGGCGUUAAAGCUAACGAUAUUCUUAAUAGCGGCUGUGAGCGCUGCCAGUCUUCAAGACUAUCAACAGCAGCAACAGCAACAACAGCUUCAGCAGCAACAACAGCAACAGCAGCAACAGAAUCAGGCUGACCCGUGGGAUUUAAAACGAUAUGCGGCCGAUUCCCAGAACCAAAACGAUGAUCAAGUAGGCUACGAUUUCUCCUACUCAGUGCACGAUCCAGUAACUGGAGACCAAAAAAGCCAGGAAGAAUCUCGUCGCAAUGGACACGUCCGUGGGCAGUACUCCUGGGUGGAUGCCGACGGUAUUCGCCAGAUUGUCAACUACCGUGCAGAUGAUCGCACCGGAUUCAACGCCGAACAGCGCCGCGAACCAGCCAACCGGGCACAAGUCGGCCGAGUAUUGCAACUGAUCCCUGCUCAAACAGUAGCCCCGCUCUACACAAUCGACGCUAUUCUAGCCCCUGCCUAUACUUCCGUUUCGCGAGUCGAUCAAAUUCGUCGACGUAAUCCAGUAUCGCGCGAUAAUCGAGAUGAUAGCGCUGAUGAUGAACGUGACAGUCGAAGCAGUGGAAGGGAUUCACUGUCGGAUCGCCGUGAAGAUCGUCGAGAAAGUGCACGAAAUGAUCGGCUAGAGGAACCGCGUGACGAUCGCCGGGAUGAACGUCGUGAUGAUGGCCGCGAUGAACGCCAAGACGAACGUCGUGAGGAACGCCGCGAAGAUCGCCGUGAAGAUCGCCGCGAGGAUCGCCGAGAGAAUGGGCGAGAGGACCGUCGAGAGGACCGCCGUGAGGAUCGCCGCGACGACCGACGAGAUGCUGCACGUGAGGAUAAUCGACAAAAUAGUUUGCGAGACGAUCGAGUGGACGAGCGGAAUGACGAUCGCCGAGGUGACCGCCAGGAUGAACGCCGGGAAGAGCGACGUGACGAGCGUCGGGAAGAUCGACGUGACAAUCGGGAUGAUCGUCGUCAGGCAGGACAGGAGGUUACCUCACAAUCGGAAGUACGAUUCCAAGCGCCUUCUGUGUCCUAUCAGUACAGCAACUGAGUUACAUUGCCAGACCACUGCCACACACGAAACGUAUUCUCCGCCAUAUCUGUCAUGCAAAGGGAGAUGAAUCCACAUAGACGAUAGCUGUGUGUUACAUCCUUUCCAGCGUGGCUUUGUAAAAUGCCUAUCAUAUAACAACUUAAUAAAGCAAACGAAGAUCGAUGGAAAACCAA